AUGGCAACCAUUAACGAUGAAACAGCUCAGCAGACGACAGAUUUAUCAACCAUGUCAGAAGAAGGUUUACACGAGAUUAUAGAUAUCGCCAGAUAUAGCAGCUACAGGAAGUUGGUUCGAGUCACGACGUACAUACUGAGAUUUAUCCACAACUGCCGUGUUAGUAAGGACAGCAGACGACACGAUCCAUUAUCCGUCAUAGAGCUACAAACUGCAGCAUCCAGAUGGCUACAGAACGUUCAGCAAUCUACAUAUCCAAGCGAAAUAGCCAACAUAAAGUCCAGUGAGAAGACUCUAAAAAGACUACCCAUUGUGAGACAAUUGAAGUUAUUUAUUGACAAAGAAGGAUAUAUACGAUGUGGUGGAAGAAUACAAAACGCACCGUUAAACGAAGCCACUAAAUACCCAUACCUGCUACCUACCAAACACCCAUUAACACGGUUAAUUAUCCUAGACGUCCACCACCACCAACUGCAUUCUGGGGUAAAUACUACUAUAACAUACUUGCGCCAGAAGUAUUGGAUACCUUCGAUUCGCAGAUGUGUCAAGACAGAACUACGCAGAUGCAUUACCUGCAACAAAGUGAAUGGAAAAUCGUACAAAGCCUCAGAUCUCCCACCCCUACCGAAAUAUCGUCUUGAAGACAGUCCUCCAUUUACAGUAACUGGAGUAGAUUUUACAGGUGCAUUACACGUUAAAGAUCGUCAUGGAAACCAGGAGAAAGCUUAUAUAUGUCUUUUCACUUGCGCCUCUACACGAGCUUUACACCUAGAAGUUGUUCAGAAUUUAACAGAAAAAUCAUUUCUACAGGCGUUUAGAAGAUUUUGCAGUAGAAAGUCAUUACCACGUAUAAUGGUUUCUGAUAACGCAGCAACGUUCCAGUCUACAUCAAGAUAUAUACGUCAGCUGUUUGAAUCCCAGAGCAUACGAGAAACUCUAAGUCAGGAAGGUACACAGUGGUAUUUCAUCCCGACGAGAGCUCCCUGGUACGGCGGAUGGUGGGAGCGCUUAAUAGGAAUUACCAAAAAUACUCUAAAGAAAGUUCUAGGUCACAGAUUUAUUACGUUAGAGGAACUCCAGACGACAACCACCGAGGUAGAAGCGAUACUCAAUGAUCGGCCAAUUACCUAUGUAUCAUCCGAUGUCUCGGACCCAGUACCUUUGACUCCAUCGCACCUGUUAUAUGGUCGACAAGUGACGUACCUCCCAUCACAAAAUGUUCCAGUUGAAACGUUAUCAGAUCCAACGGCUGGCAGUCGUUCCAGUCUUACCAAAAGAGCCAGGGUACAGAAACAACUAAUUGACCAUUUCCGGGAACGUUGGCGACAUGAAUACCUGACGGCCUUACGUGAAUACCACCGAGUGACGGGAAACAACCAACAGAAGAUCUCAACUGGUGACGUUGUUCAAAUCCAUGAAGAUACACCACGUGCGCGGUGGAGAUUAGGUGUUAUUCAGGAACUCGUUUACGGGAAAGAUGGACUUGUACGUGCCGCGAAAGUUAAAUCAAACAAUGGAACUUUAGUGAGACCGAUUGUUAAACUUUAUCCUUUAGAAACAAAGUGA